AUGAAACAGAAAUCCAUUAGGGAAUAAUAAUUGGAAAUAAGCUAUGAAUAAAUUAGGGAUAGCUUCUAAUAAUUGCAACUAGAAUUUGGUCAACUAAGAAAACGAUCCAAGAAUGAGAGAUCAUAAUGUAUCCGAAAGGACCAAAUUCACAAAAAAAAGGUGUCGUAAGGUUCUUCCAAUAACAUGAAGGGAAAACCUAACAUAAGAGCGAUGCUUUGUAAAUCAAAACAUUCUGUUAAGAUCAACAAUCGAAAAUAGCUAUGCCAAAGUAAAUAAUAAUUAUAAUCUAAGAUAAUGUAAGUGGGACUCUGAAAGGAUAGAUGAAGAUUCUUAAGACUAAAUUUUCUGUUGGAAUGCAAAAAAGUUUAGAUAUCCAUCCUAUCUUUUGGUCCAGCAUUGUUACCUCAAGUCAUCUUGACUUCUAAUCUCUCAAAUAUAUCUUAAAAUGA